UUGGCCCCAGAGGUGCUGCUGGGAAGUUGCGCGCGGACCUCCACUUUGCCGGCCUGUGAGGUACGGCCCUUUCGGAUAGCUGGCGUCUCCGUGUCGGGGCGUCUGCGCCGGCCGCGGCCGACUUCUCCGGACCCUCGGACGAGGCCGAGGCGCUGCGCCGCCGAGGGAGGUCACUCGGCCAGGAAGGACGUGACGGGGGCGGCGCGUGUCGCGGACACUCCCCGCCGAGAGCCCGCCCGCCCGCCAUGGACUCGGAGUACUACAGCGGGGAUCAGUCAGAUGAUGGUGGUGCUACCCCAGUACAGGACGAGCGGGAUUCGGGGUCAGAUGGUGAGGAGGAUGUAAAUGAGCAGCAUUCCGGAUCUGACACUGGAAGUGGAGAACGGCAUUCCGAGAAUGAAACUAGCGAUCGAGAAGAUGGCUUGAACAAGAGACUUAAUGGAACAGACUCUGAGAACGAUGAGCCCUCCAAUCUUAAUGCCAGUGAUUCUGAAAGUGAGGAACUUCACAGGGCAAAGGAUAGUGACUCUGAAUCCGAGGAGCAUGCAGAGUCUCCUGCCAGUGAUUCUGAAAAUGAAGACAUCAACCAGCAUGGGAGCGACUCUGAAAAUGAAGAGCUUCUUAAUGGACAUGCAAGUGACUCAGAAAAGGAAGAGGUUAGAAAGCAUGCUGCCAGUGACUCUGAAGUUGAGGACACUCUACAGCCUCAGGUCAGUGAGUCGGACAGCGAAGAUCCCCCAAGGCCCCAGGCCAGUGACUCAGAAAAUGAGGAGCCUCCCAAACCUCGUAUAAGUGACUCAGAAAGCGAGGAGCUCCCCAAACCUCGUAUCAGCGACUCGGAAAGUGAGGAGCCUCCAAGGCCACAGGCCAGUGACUCGGAAAGCGAGGAGCUCCCCAAACCUCGAGUCAGCGACUCAGAAAGUGAGGAGCCUCAGAAAGGACCUGCUAGUGAUUCGGAAGCCGAGGAUGCCUCCAGACCCAAACACAAGCCAGAGUCAGACGACAGUGACACAGAGAAUAAGAGGGAAGAUUCGGAAAUGCAGAACGAGUCAGAGACCCAUGCAGACAGAAAAAGACUCCACAGCUCUGACAGUGAGGAGGAGGAAGAACCAAAAAGGCAAAAACUGGAUAGUGAUGAAGAUGAAAAGGAGGGGGAUGAGGAGAAAGUAGCAAAGCGGAAAGCUACUGUGCUUUCUGAUAGUGACGAUGAAGAAAAAGCAUCAGCAAAGAAGAGUCGAGUUGUCUCUGAUGCUGAUGAUUCUGAUAGUGAUGUUGUAUCAGACAAGUCAAGUAAAAGAGAGAAGACAGCAGCAUCUGACAGUGAAGAAGGAGGGAAAGAAGAAUCAUCUGGAAAGAAAAAUGAAGAGAAGGACCUAUUUGGGAGUGACAGUGAAUCAGGCAAUGAAGAAGAAAAUCUUAUUGCAGAUAUAUUUGGAGAAUCUGGUGAUGAAGAGGAAGAGGAAUUUACAGGUUUCAACCAAGAGGAUUUGGAGGAGGAGAAGAAUGAAACACAGCUGAAAGAAGCUGAAGACUCGGACUCUGAUGAUAACAUCAAAAGAGGAAAGCAUAUGGACUUUCUGUCGGAUUUUGAGAUGAUGUUACAACGUAAAAAGAACAUGUGUGGCAAACGUAGGCGAAAUCGAGAUGGGAGCACUUUUAUUAGUGAUGCAGAUGACGUUGUGAGCGCCAUGAUUGUAAAGAUGAAUGAAGCUGCUGAGGAAGACAGGCAAUUGAAUAAUCAAAAGAAGCCAGCACUGAAAAAAUUAACCUUAUUGCCUACUGUGGUUAUGCAUCUUAAAAAGCAGGACCUUAAAGAAACAUUUAUUGACAGUGGUGUGAUGUCUGCCAUCAAAGAAUGGCUUUCACCUUUACCAGAUAGGAGUUUGCCUGCACUGAAGAUUCGGGAAGAAUUGUUGAAGAUUCUACAAGAGCUACCUAGUGUGAGCCAGGAGACCCUGAAGCAUAGUGGGAUUGGACGAGCAGUGAUGUAUCUGUAUAAACACCCCAAGGAAUCAAGGUCCAACAAGGAUAUGGCAGGGAAGUUAAUCAAUGAGUGGUCUCGGCCUAUAUUUGGACUUACCUCCAACUAUAAAGGAAUGACAAGAGAAGAAAGGGAGCAGAGAGAUCUAGAACAAAUGCCUCAGCGGCGAAGAAUGAGCAGCACUGGUGGUCAGACACCGCGAAGAGACUUGGAAAAGGUGCUGACAGGAGAGGAAAAGGCUCUUAGACCUGGAGAUCCUGGCUUCUGCGCCCGUGCUAGAGUCCCAAUGCCAUCAAACAAGGACUAUGUCGUCAGACCCAAGUGGAAUGUAGAAAUGGAGUCAUCCAGGUUUCAGGCAUCCUCCAAGAAAGGUAUCAGUCGACUGGAUAAACAGAUGAGAAAGUUCACAGAUAUCAGGAAAAAAAGCAGAUCUGCACAUGCAGUGAAAAUCAGCAUCGAGGGCAAUAAAAUGCCAUUGUGACCUUGCCUGGGACGUGUCCCCAUCUCUAAAAAAUGCACAAUGGACUAUCGAGAAAGAAGAUACUUUUAAAUGUUUUGAUGUGUCUCUAAUGGUUCGACUUGUAUCACCUGUUGUAGGACUAACAUUUCUCUCCGUUGUAUUUAAGACCAGUUGUCUGUUUUGUACAGAAGAGUACUACUCUUGUUUCUAUAAACUGUAUGUAAUAAAAUUUCGUUCUGGUUUUGGGGGGUUGUCUCAUCAUUGUCUUAGAGAUUAUUCUCUGUGAAGACAAAAACAGUUCUUUUUACUACUUCGUUUCAUGUAAUGAGGAAUUUGUCUGGACCUUUUCCCUGGGGAGCGACAAGGAAUAUCUCAAACCCUUAGGAUUCUUGAAGUAUCUUUAUUAUACUCUUGAUUUGGCUCAUCGCAGGCUUCUGAGAUUCUCAAAGGUGGAGGCUGGUCACCAGAAAUACGCUUGGGCUAAUCACAUUGCCUGUUUAAUUAAUAAAUCAUACCUUGGUAGUGAGGCCCUGGUAAAGAACUCUGGACAAGCCAGGUGCCAUGUAUGGCAAGACUCUUAAAUGCUCUGGACACUGCAAACCAUGUUGAUGUGCCAGGAGAACAAGGGCACAGAAGCUCUGCAUUACCCUAGACCAUUGCUGAAAUUUCAUUGACCUGUUUGGCCUCAUUUGUAUCUUUUCUAAUACGACUAUUCAUAACUAUAAUGUUUUAUUGAAAGACAGUAUUUUUCUCAGUUCUGUGAGUCAUUCAGCAAACUUAAACCAAGAAGUUUUUGAGAACUCUUCACUUUACAGCCACCCUGGAAUGUUGAUGGUCUGAAGUCCAUGUCUGAAGUCAGGACAGUCUUGUGGAGGAAGCUUGAUUCCUUAAAACUGUUGAUUCUUACACUCACCCUGAGCAUUAGAAAUCAGAAUUGAAUAAUAUACCACUGUGCAUGCCUAUAAUCUCAGCACUCAGCAAGUAAAGAUAGGCGUAUUGGGAGUUCCCCCAACUCUCUGAUACUUAGCAAGACCCUAUUCAAAUAAAUAUGGUAUCCCAGUUGGGGUUGAAAUACAAUAAACUUUUUGUUUCUCUUGUUAGGGAUUUUUUUUUAAAUCUGGGGAGUUAAUCUGUAGAAAGAAACGAUUAAGAAACUCUUAAGGGAAAUACAGAUGUACUUGAAAGUUACUCGCUUACAUAUAACAGACAAACAGAAAAGAGAGAAACACAGUUUAUAGUUUCUUGUACACUUUUGAGAAUUCUUGAAAAUCCUAAGAGUUUCUGUCGAUCAAGAAAGUUUUAUCAGUAACCCAUUAAUUAUAAAAUCCUUUUCUAAUACAAACUGAGACCUUGAUUUUUAAAAAUAGAAUAUUAUUUGCCACAAUGGACUUUGGACAGUUGAAGGAAUAUGGACCUUAUGGACUAAAAUACUCUGUAAGAAACUCUAAAGCUGGGUUGGUGGUGCACACCUUUAAUCCCAGCACUGGGAGGCAGAGGCAGGUGGAUCUCUGUGAGUUCAAGGCCAGCCUGGUCUACGUAGAGAGUUCCAGGACAGCCAGGACUAUGCAGAGAAACCCUGUCUUGAAACCCCAACCACCAAUAAAAAGGGGGGCUGGAAGAAAGGACUCAGUGGUAAAGAGCACUUGUCGUUCUUGAAGAGAACCCAUUCUCAACACCCUUGUUGGGCAGCUCACAAUUGCCUGUAAUUCCAGUAUUAGGGGAUCUAACAUCCUCUCCUGGCUUCUGCACCUUCACACACAUGGCUCAGCCUUUAAAGACUAGACUCACAACCAAAAAAAAAGUAAAAAUCUUAAAACCAAGCAUGUGGAUCUCUAAGUUCAAGGCCAGUGUGAUCUACAGAGAGUUCCAGGACAGCUACAUAGACCUUGUCUUGAAAAAUUAAAAUGUCAAAAAAGCCUGUGAAAGCCUAUGUGUACUCUCCGCACACAGAGCAGGUGAAUUGUGAAGCAGGAAGACCUCACAGCAGCUCAGCACUAGGUGGAAGCAGACCACUCCCUGCAUUGUUUGAUUCCACUAACUAAAGGCGAUAAAGAGCUUAUAAUCAACCACAAAACAGUUAAGAGCAUGAAAAGCAAGUUUUUAAAAAUUGUUCGGAUUUUGGUGUCUUGGGAUGAGCUCCACUUAGCACUGUGUUAUGCGAGCAAGUGAUAAAACUACCCUGGAGUUCAAGGGGAUGGGAGGGUUUACACUAUUUGAAAAGAGUAAGUUUCUUUAUAAAUUAUCUUUGUUGUGUAUCUUUAUAGGGGAAUCCCGAGCCUGACUCAUCGCCUUUUUAAUUCCUAGUUACUUACUCUUCAAAUACUGAGAUUAGCUCCCAUAUACUCUUCAACAUUUUCAAUCGUGCAACUUUAUAUUUUAUAUAUAUUUCUAUCGCAGCCCAUGUGUGUAGCUUUAUGGGCAAGGUUUUCUCUUAAAUCCACAUAUCUAAGCAUAUUUCUCAAGAUAGUUUUAGCAGCUGGAUAAUGUAGCUGUGUUAGUAGAGUGCAGGCUUGGCAUGCAUUAAGCUUGGGUUCCAUCCCUAGCGCCACGGACACCUGGCCUUUAUCAUUUAUCAGCCUGACCUGGCUACAUAGUAAGUAUAAAGCCAGCUUGGGCCACUUGAGACAGUUUGUUUCAGGGUUGGCCAUGUUAACUUUGACCUCUUGUAUGGAAUGUUGCAUAGUCAGUUUGUUUUUUUGUAAAAUAUUUUCAUUUUGGCAAAAAAAUUGUAUCUUUUAACUGUACAGUUUAGGUGCAUUGACUGAGUUCACAUUGUUGUGAAAACCUCUAGACAUCAUCUUAAGAAAAUUUAGCUGUAGACUGAACAUGGUAGUGCACAUCUUUAAUCCCAUUGUUAAGGAGGCAAAGGCAGAAGGAUCUCUUGAGUGCAAAGCCAUUUUAGUGAGCUCCAGGACAGUUAAGACUGCCUAGACCCUGCCUAAGAACAAACAAAACCCUUAACUCCUUCCACCAGCUCUUGACAACUUCAUUCUGCUUUAGACUAUUCCAGGAACACACUUUUAAAUUUAUUGUGGGUGGGGCACAUAUACCAUGGUACACAUAUAGAAAAUCAUAAUUUUAUGGAGUUCUUGCUUUCUACUUUUACAUGGAUUCUAAGGAUGAAACAGGUUUUAAGACUUGUGGCAACCACUUUGACCACUGAAUUAUAUCAUCAGCCUGUUUAUAUGUACAGGUAUAAAUGCCUUAUCAGAUGCAUGAUUUAUGAAUAGUCUCCCAUUCUUUUGACUAUUGAUCGUAUUCUUUGGUAUAAAAGUAAUUUUAAUUUUGAUGUAGCUUAUUUCCUGUGCUGUUGGUAUCACCAAAUGAGUUACAUAGCUUUAUGUAAGGGCUGUGUGAAAAAACCUAUGAUCCAUUUUUGAGAUAAUUAUAAACAGGUCUGCUUUUAUUAUGGACAUCGUUACAUUAUUUGUUGAAAAGACUGUCCCUCAUUGAUGGUCUUGGAUCCCUUCUCAGAACUGAUUUGACUGUGUAUGAGGGUUUAUUUUCAUAUUUUGCUUCAUUCCUUUUGUUUUAUUCUUUCUAAAUCCUUGAUGAUGUUUUGACUACUGGAGCUUUAUAUUUAUAGUAAAUUCUGAAGUAAUAUGAUCUAUACACUUCUCAGUA